AUUUGUCGCAUGAUUAUGCACACAAAAAAGGCAGAUCUUUAUCAAUUGAAAGGAUCACAGCAUGUUCUCUCUUUUGUGGGCAUUUGCACCAAAUCACCAAGAGUAGUUGUGAAGUUCAUUACGGUUAGGUGUCAACAAUUUCUGUUCAAACCGAGAGCUAUGCGUAACCUACCGAUAGCGACAUAACCCACGUUAACUACCUAAGAACAAAUGCCCUUUGGAAAUCCUCCAACCUAAAUAAAUAACACGCAUUCAAGCCAUCAUUCGCACAUACCAUGUACUUGGGUUGCUUCGACUCCGAUCUAGAGCCUGAAAGGGCCGACCAAAAUCCAAUUCCCCUGUUUACAAAAUCCUUCAGGAACGAACAUUAAAAGCAUGUUCAAGUCUGGCAAGGUUUCUGGAGAGUGCCCACACCCGACUUCAGCAAUGAUUCAAGCAAACUCCAAGAACUGCAUUUUCAAUGUCUACCAGCUCUAGUUUAUCAUCCUCCUGCAACAAUUCUUGAAAGGUCCCUCUCACCAACAAUUCACCAUCUCUCUCCACUCUCUGCAAACUCUUCUAAGCCCCAGACUAGCACUGAUGAACCAGAAGUUCCAGGGAGAGAACCAAAAGGCAUAAUUGAGAGAGAGAGAGCUACAAAUUGUACAUCGGGAGCAAAAGAAAAAGAAGGUAAGACACUUCACCAUUUCCGGCAACCAUCCAUGGGAUGCUUUGUCUCAACAUCCAAAACACCCCCCACCAAUAACCCAGAACUCCCCCAUCUUUCUCCCUUUGAUUUUGCAUUUUCUCCGAAUUUAUCACCAUCACCAGCCAAAGCAAGAACUGUUUCUCUUGCAACUCCUCUUGUCCACCACCCGCCAAUCAAGAAAGGCGACACCCACCAUUUGGUCUCUCUGACGUCUACCACCUAUGGUUCCCUCCUCCUCAUCGACCCACAGAACUCCAGAUUGAACAUCCAGAAUCUGUCUGAGCGGAUGCAUUUACCACCUCCUCAGACUCCCAACAAAAUGGCUGAGCCACCAACUCAUGUGGAAGAGUCGAACGACGCCCCAUCACUGGAUUCCGUCAUCAACACCUGGGAGCUCAUGGAUGGUCUAGAUGACUUUGAUUACGAUGGUGAGAACUUGAGGAUGUCUGCUUCUUCCAUUUCUUGCAAGCCUUCAGAUUACGAUGUCCAUGAGAAGAAAACAGUUGACUCCACAAAUUCAUAUGAAAUUCCAGCUAAGAUCAGUGGCCAUCAUGAAAUGACAGUUGGUCCAUUGGUGGGAUUCAAGGGUCAUUCUCCACCAUCCAAUGGCAAGAAUUCAUCAUUAGGCAAAGAAGAUAGGGUAGUUUUGUACUUCACCAGCUUGAGAGGAAUCAGAAAGACUUACGAGGACUGUCGUGCUGUUCGAAUGAUAUUCAGGGGCUUGAGAGCAGCUUUGGAUGAGAGGGACAUUUCGAUGGACUCUUCCUACAGAAGGGAAUUGCAAGGCAAGCUCAAAGGCAAGGCACUGAGCCUGCCUCAGGUCUUCAUAAGAGGAAACCACAUCGGUGGUGCGGAAGAGAUCAGGCAGCUCAAUGAGAACGGGGAAUUGGCAAGGCUUUUGGAGGGACUCGACGCAAGUGAUCUCGGGUUCAUUUGCAAGACAUGCGGGGAAGCAAGGUUCGUGCCCUGCCCCAGUUGUAGUGGGAGCAGGAAGGUGUUCGAUAAGGGCGAUGAAAUAUUCAGAAGGUGCAUGGAUUGCAAUGAGAACGGGUUGAUUCACUGCCCUGGCUGCUGCUCCUGAAAGCAGAAUUCUGUGAAUCUUUUGCUAUUGCAACAGUAGCAACUUUCUUGUGCCGCAACAUUCAUGCCCAGAUGGAAUUCCUUUUCUUCCAAAAGUUGCUGUCUUUCAACUGUCUUGUCUGCAUUUGUUUCUUUCCUCCAUGAAUGAAAGUGAAAUAAAGGAAAGAUUCUUUGCGUU